UUUCGAGUCACACAGUCGAGUCAAGAUCAUCCGAUUUCCGAGUCCGAGUCGAGUCCGAGUCAGUAAAAAAAUGCGACUCGAGUCGUCUCGAGUCCGAGUUUUGACUCGGACUCGCCCAUCCCUGAUCAAAGAAUGAUCGCUUUCUUUAUUAUUCUUACAUCAAUAUUUAGUAGAAGAAUAGUGUAAGAGCCAGUUUGAUUUAACGUGAACAUUUUUGAGAAAAUUGAAUCAAAUUAAAUAUUCGAAAGUAAAUCUUCAAAAAAAAAAAAAUCUCUAUAGAAAAUAAACUUUCCUAUAUAAUUCGAUGUUUUCAUUUUAAUAUUAUUUGUACAACGCAACUAAACGAAUGAAAAGAAGAUUAUUAUUACAAUUUAAUAUAAGAUAUUUAUUUUAAGGUUUAGUUCAACGAACUUGGAAAGAUAAUGGUUUAGCUGAACAAAUGUUUGAAGAAUUAAAAUUAACAUCAACAUCCGAACAGAAAAUUCGUCUUUAUAAUUCAUUUGCUAGUGGUUUAUUUAAAUAUAAUCAUGCUGAAAAAGCUAUGAUAAUUAUUGAUGAAAUGAAACAAAAUAAUAUUUUACUUGAUUUAAUAACAUAUAAUUAUCUUCUUCGUUCAACUAGUUUAAUAAAAGAAACAUAUGAUACACGUUGGCUAUUUAUGAAUGACUAUUUAAAUGAAAUGAAACAAAAUUCUAUACAACCAAAUUUACGUACAUUUAAUUCAAUACUUUAUACAUUAAGACGUUGUUCAUUAUAUGAACGUGGUCCGACAUUAGCAUUAUCAUUAUUAAAUGAAAUGCGACAAUGUGAUAUUGAACCAUCACUUGGUACAUGGGCACAUAUUAUUAUGAUUUUUUAUCCAAAUGAUCAAAUUGGUUAUGAUACACAAAUAUUACCACAAAUUAUGGAUCAAUUAGAAAAACAAUUUGAAUUAAAUGGAAAACAAUUUCAAUGGAGAGAUAUUGAUGAUAGAGAAUUCUUUUUUAAUGCUAUGUUUAAAGCUACUGUCAAUUGUCGAGAUGUUGAUUUAGGUAAAAAAUAUAAUUUACGAUAUUUUUUUCUUUUACAAACUUAUAUAUCAGAGAUGCAGCCUAAACAAAGGAUAAGAAUUGAGUAUUUUUAUGAAAUGGGCAUAUAUUGGUUUCCUGCUGGAAAAUGA